UCCGGUUAAAUGUCAAACUUGCGUAGUGCUUUACAGCUGACGGGACAGGCGGACGUUGGCACCAUAAACUCGUUGGAACAAGCUUACGCAUACCAGCAGUAUUAUAAGGCUCAAGAAAAAACGGCCUACUUGGAGAUUUUGCAACAGUCCAGCACAAUGUCUUUUAUUUUCGACUGGCUCUACAGAGGCUUCAGUGGUGUCCUGCAAUUGUUAGGGCUGUCUAAGAAGUCUGGCAAGUUGGUCUUCCUCGGAUUGGACAAUGCCGGCAAAACGACACUACUGCACAUGCUCAGGGAUGACAGGCUGGGCCAGCAUGUACCCACACUGCACCCAACAUCUGAGGAGCUGACCAUCGCUGGAAUGACUUUUACCACAUUUGACCUGGGCGGUCACACGCAAGCACGACGCAUCUGGAAAAACUACCUCCCAGCCAUAAAUGGUAUUGUCUACAUGGUGGAUUGUGCUGAUCGUGAGCGACUACCCGAGGCUAAAGUGGAGUUGGAUGCACUUUUAACAGAUGACACCAUCUCAAACGUGCCGGUUCUCAUCCUUGGAAACAAAAUUGAUCGUCCGGAGGCCAUCAGCGAGGAUGCGCUCCGAGGGAUGUUUGGUCUCUAUGGACACACGACUGGAAAGGGCAAAGUGUCACUGAAGGAGCUUAAUUUGAGGCCAAUGGAGAUUUUUAUGUGCAGCGUGCUGAAGAGACAAGGAUAUGGAGAAGGAUUUCGCUGGCUGUCCCAAUACAUUGACUAAUUUAAUGCCAAUUAAUCCAAAAUAUGAGUGCUGAUUUACAGAACAACCCCACCUGUAAUCUGGGAAAUAUUUUAUUUACAUACCCUCAGAAUUUUGACCAUGUCAGCUGGGAAUGUGGGCAAUAUUCUUUGCUAGAAAAACAUACCACAGAAAGUCAAAGACAAUUUUGUGAGUGUAGCCAAGGGUCUUCAUGCUGUGUAUUUUUUACCUUCGUGUGCCAUAGAGAAAGUGUCAUCAAUGGCGAGUCAGCUUCUGACCCGCUGCUUAUUUUUAGCAGCUGGUGUUGACUUACAGCAAAGGUCGGUUUGUUUAAAGUUUUGCGGACUGUCUAAAGGCACACAUUGGUGCCAUUGAAGCACAUGUUGAAUUGUGUAUCCAAUCGCUCACCUGAAAUGGAUGGGACUUUUUUUUUGAUGGGUGGGGGGGCGUAUUUUUGAAAACAGGGUUUACCACUAAAGGUGCAAAGUGCUUUAAUUUACUUCUUUUUUUUUUGCUCUGCGAUUCAGUAUGACAGUGCAAUUUUACAUAGUUUAAGUAUGCUGUAUGAUAAAGGUUGCUUGGAUAAUUGCUAUGACAAGACUAGAGUACUUUGUGAUUAGUAGCUGCUCACCACAUACAGCAAUAUUAUGAGAGUACUCCCAAGGCGGUGCUUGAAAUCAGGGUAUAAAAAUAUAUACAUGCGAAAGGAUUGGUUGAUGUGUGUUUAAAUAUUAUUUGUACAUGAAUAAUUAUUUAUAUAUUUACAUAAUGGAAGCCAAGUUGACUAUAGAGGUUACAAAAGAUGGAUCGAAUUUUUAUUGGAGCUGGGUCAGAAUACAUUCUUUCUACA